GAGGGACAAACAUGAGAGAAUUAGCGCUCAUUCUCGUGAUCGCCUCAGCGGUUUCCGCUCAAGGUUUCGUCAAGGGCGGCUACAGCGAACCGAGCGCCUCAACAUCGGUGACCUUCGUUAGUAACAGAGGAGGCUUGUCGACCGUGUCCAGUCCUGUUCCAAUCCAAACUUCAAUUCACACCCCGAUCCGAUCCCCGAUUCAAACUUCUAUCCAGGCCCCUAUCCAACUAGACGGGAACACUCCCCUGCCGACCUUAUCCCUCAACGUAAACGGUGCUCACACCUUAGCCGGGGAGGUCAUCGUGCACCACGUCAUCUAUAACAAUGGUAACGGAGCUCCGGUCGUUAACUCCGGUGUACCCGUCGGCCCUGGUGCUUUCAACCGGGGGCUCACGCAAGUGAUUCAACUACACGGCGGAGGUCGGGCUCAGAACUCGGGCGCCCUGACCUAUCCCAUCACUUCCACCAGCGGACCAGACUUCCUGUCCCAGUACCUGACCUCUCAUGGACUUCAGGAAACCAGGCGUGUUCCAGAGGUUCACAUCAGUCCCCCAGGACCAGUAUAUCAAAUCGAAGAGCCGCGGCCGCUCUCUCCCAUGAACUCAGGAGCGAUUUAUCAUCAGCCACUGAUUUACACUCAACAGACGCUGAAGCCACCGAUGCCGACUCAUACAAUCAUGCAAAACAGGCCUCAGAUCUCACAGCAGGUGCAAAGGACUAACCAAAUCAAUAAUCAGAUAAAUCAGCAGAUAAAUCAACAACAACAGCUGAUACAGCAGCAACAAAUACAGCAACAAAUGCAGCAGCAGCAGCAACAACAACAACAACAACAACAACAACAGCAGCAGCAGCAACAACGUCCUCAACCCCAGAUCCAACAGAUUUCUCAGAUUUCUCAGCUGCAACAAAGACCCGUUUCUCCCAUUACAACCCAGCAAAUCACCCAGCAACACCAACAGAAUGGUCGGAUAACUUACCAGCCGGGGACCAGAAAACCGACCGAGUUGACGGUCAUCGAAACUUCUGAGGGAGCUGGAGACCAACGAAAUGGAAGGCUGCCCGGGAUGCCUACCCUUGCUGAAAUCACUUCACAGCUUUCGUCAAUCAACAGUGCGAGCUCAAAAUCUGUUUCAUAAAACGAGGGAGCGGCAUGAAUAAAUGAAACUGUGAAUCCUCGAUCCAGAAUUCCAGAGAGACAAA